AUGGCUCUAGAAACUCUAAAAUGGUUGUACCAAAGAGGGCAUAGUUUGUUCGGACUAGAGAGGGCAUUGUGUCAGAGUCCACCAGUCGGGACAGAGAGUCCACCAGUCGGAACAGAGAGUCAACCAGUCGGAACAGACAGUCCAACAGUCGGAAUAGAGGGUCCACCAGUCGGAACAGAGAGUCCACCAGUCGGAACCGAGAGUCCAACAGUCGGAACAGAGAGUCCACCAGUCGGAACCGAGGGUCCAUCAGUCGGAACAGAGAGUCAACCAGUCGGAACAGAGCGUCCACCAGUCGGAACAGAGAGUCCACAAGUCGGAACAGAGAGUACAACAGUCGGAACAAAGAGUCCACCAGGCGGAACCGAGGGUCCAUCAGUCGGCACAGAGAGUCAACCAGUCGCAACAGAGCGUCCACCAGUCCGAACAGAGAGUCCAACAGUACCAGUCGGAACCGAGAGUGCAACAGUCGGAACAGAGAGUGCACCAGUCGGAACAGAGAGACCACCAGUCGGAACAGAGAGCCCACCAGUCGGAACAGAAAGUCCACCAGUCGGGACAGCGAGUCCACCAGUCGGAACAAAGAGUCCACCAGGCGGAACCGAGAGUCCAACAGUCGGAACAGAGGGUCCACCAGGCGGAACAGAGAGUCCACGAGUCGGAACAGAGGGGCCACAAGUCGGAACAGAGAGUGCACCAGUCGGAACAGAGAGUACAACAGUCGGAACAAAGAGUCCACCAGGCGGAACCGAGAGUCCAACAGUCGGAACAGAGGGGUCACCAGUCGGAACAGAGGGGCCACAAGUCGGAACAGAGAGUCCACCAGUCGGAACAGAGGGUCCACAAGUCGGAACAGAGAGUCCACAAGUCGGAAAAGAGGAUCCACCAGUUGGAACAGAGAGUCCACCAGUCGGAACAGAGAGUCCACCAGUCGGAACAGAGAGUCCAACAGUCGGAACAGAGAGUCCAACAGUCGGAACAGAGAGUCCAACAGUCGGAACAGAGGGUUCACCAGUCGGAACAGAGGGUCCACCAGUCGGAACAGAGGGUCCACCAGUCGGAACCGAGAGGCCUACAGUCGGAACAGAGGGUCCACCAGUCGGAACCGAGAGGCCUACAGUCGGAACAGAGGGUCCACCAGUCGGAACAGAGAGUCCAUCAGCCGGAACAGAGGGUCCACCAGGCGGAACAGAGAGUCCACCAGUCGGAACAGAGCGUCCACCAGUCGGAACAGAGGGUCCACCAGUCGGAACCGAGAGUCCUACAGUCGGAACAGAGGGUCCACCAGUCGGAACAGAGAGUUCAACAGUCGGAACAGAGAGUCCACCAGUCGGAACAGAGGGUCCACCAGUCGGAACAGAGAGUCCACCAGUAGGAACAGAGAGUCCACCAGUCGGGACAGAGAGUCCAACAGUCGGAACAGAGAGUCCACCAGUCGGAACAGAGGGUCCACCAGUCGAAACAGAAAGUCCACCAGUCGGAACAGAGAGUCCAACAGUCGGAACAGAGAGUCCACCAGUCGGAAAAGAGAGUCCAACAGUCGGAACAGAGGGUUCACCAGUCGGAACAGAGGGUCCACCAGUCGGAACAGAGAGUCCAACAGUCGGAACAGAGGAUCCACCAGUCGGAACAGAGGGUCCACCAGUCGGAACCGAGAGUCCAACAGUCGGAACCGAGAGUCCAACAGUCGGAACAGAGAGUCCACCAGUCGGAACAGAGAGUGCAACAGUCGGAACAGAGAGUCCACCAGUCGGAACAGAGAGUCCACCAGUAGGAACAGAGAGUCAAACAGUCGGAACAGAGAGUCCAACAGUCGGAACAGAGAGUCCACCAGUCGGAACAGAGAGUCCAACAGUCGGAACAGAGGGUUCACCAGUCGGAACAGAGGGUCCACCAGUCGGAACAGAGAGUCCAACAGUCGGAACAUAG